GCGGGAUGUGGGAGGGAGUCCCGGGGCCUCGGGAGGAUGCGGCGCCGGGCCUUUGUGGGCCUUUGUGGGCGCGGCAGGCCAAAGGCCGUGCACCCCCGCGCUGUCCGCCUGCCACCAGCCGUCCGGGAGACGCUCCCAGAAAGCAGGUCGGGCUUUCGCCCCCGGGGGCCCCAGGUCCCAGCCACCAUCCUGCUUCCUCCCGACCCAUGCCCAGUGCGUCACCUGCCCAGCCCCAGCCGGCGUCUUAAUUUGCUACCGGCUGUCAGCGAACGUGAGGAGUUGCAUUUCCUCCCGUCUCCAUCGCACUGCCCUCCCGGGUGGGGUCAUAACGAAGUAUAGUGAGCGAGAAUGAGUUGUCGGCGUUCCCCAGUGGCAGAGUCGGGACCGAAGCCCAUAUCCUUGGUUUCCGUGCCCCUUCCUCAAGACCGCAGCUCUCCCCGCCAUAGGAAAGCUCAUGUUUUCCUGUUCCCAAUCAGUUUUCUCUAAAAAUACAGAAAUUGACUCCUUGACAGGGUGGGAGGAAUGGGGUGGAGAAAGCUUGAGGUGGAGAAAAGUUGUCACAUGGCGCGCAGUGAGAUUGGAGCUGCUGCUCUGGAGUGCGUCCUGGGAGACAUCCUGGUGCACCAUCACCGGCUUCGUGAACUGAGCUAAGUUGCUCCCACUCUGCCUUCAGUUUCCUGACCUGGAAACGGUGGUUACUGACAAUGCCACCUGUGCUGUGGGAUUGAAUGAUGCCCAGGCCGUGCCCGGCACACAGUGAGGCCCAGUGCGACGCUACUGCUGGUAGAGUCUUAGGCCCUUUUCCUCUGGGCCAGGAGAAGAUUUGGGGCUAGGACCAGGAUGGCCCAAACUUUCUCUCUGGUCCUGUCUGCUGCUAGUUCUUUCUGACUCACCUCUCUAGAGCGACAUCUGGGGCAGUUCCGGAGGCUCCCCCUGCUGAGCAGGCCAGGGAAGGCACUGGCCCAGGAGUGACACCUGGUGUCACUCUCCUGUGGUGUUAAGAAUUUCAGAGGUGGUGGUUCUGAGGGGUGGAAAGCAGAAGGGGCUUCUUCCUCCUGGCUCCCUUUUUCCUAUCAGAUCUGCCUUCUGGAGACGCUGCCUAUCUUCAGAGGGAAGUGACCACAAAGAGGACAUGGCUACUGAACAGAGGGAAGCCAGGUCUCAGGUUUCAGUGAUGUUCGAGGAUGUGGCUGUGCUCUUUACGCGGGCUGAGUGGAGAGAGCUGGGUCCUUCUCAGAGAAACUUGUACCAGGAUGUGAUGCUGGAGAACUAUAGUAACUUAGUCUCACUGGGACUCCUGUUUUCCAAACCAAAAGUGAUCUCCCUGUUGCAACAAGGAGAAGAUCCCUGGAAAGUAGAGAGAGAAAGUCCUGGAAGCUCUGUGUCAGGAUGGAAGAGCAGUCACAGAACCACAAAGUCAACUCAAACGCAAGAUUCCUUUCAGGAGCUGAUAAUGACAAGAUCCAAAAGGCAUGGACCCUGGGACUUCAAAUCAGAAAAACCCUGCCCAUGUGAAGACAAAUAUGAGAAAAAGCAGGAGAAAAAAGAAAGUGUUCAGAUAGUUUCACUCACCCACAAAAUCUCUACUGUAGAAAGGAAACAUAAAAAUACUGAAUUUAGCCGAAGUUAUAGCCCAAAGUCAGCUCUUGUUAGGCAACAGAUGAUUCCAAGAGAAAAAACACCACCAAAAUGUGAAAUACAAGGAAACAGCUUCAAGCAGAAUUCAUAUUUACUUAAUCAACCGAAAAUCAACACAGUAGAGAAACGCUAUAAAUGUAGUAUAUGUGAGAAAACCUUCAUUAAUACUUCAUCCCUCCGUAAACAUGAGAAAAACCAUAGUGGAGAGAAAUUAUUUAAAUGUAAAGAAUGUUCAAAAGCUUUUAACCAAAGUUCAGCACUUAUUCAGCAUCAGAUAACUCAUACUGGAGAGAAACCCUAUGUAUGUAAAGAAUGUGGGAAGGCCUUCACUCUAAGUACAUCCCUUUAUAAACAUUUAAGAACACAUACUGUGGAGAAGUCCUAUAGAUGUAAAGAAUGUGGUAAAUCCUUCAGCCGAAGGUCAGGACUUUUUAUACAUCAAAAAAUCCAUGCUGGAGAAAAUCCCAAUAAAUAUAAUCCAGGUAGGAAGGCAUCCCUUCCUGGAUGUCAGAGACUACAUCUCCGAAAGAAGACCUAUUUAUGCAAUGAAUGUGGCAAUACCUUCAAGUCUAGUUCAUCCCUUCGUUAUCAUCAGAGAAUUCACACAGGAGAGAAACCUUUUAAAUGUAGUGAAUGUGGGAGAGCCUUCAGUCAGAGUGCAUCUCUUAUCCAACAUGAAAGAAUUCACACUGGAGAAAAGCCCUACAGAUGCAAUGAAUGUGGAAAAGGCUUCACUUCUAUUUCACGACUUAAUAGACACCGAAUAAUUCAUACUGGUGAGAAGUUUUAUAAUUGCAGUGAAUGUGGUAAAGCCUUAAGUUCCCACUCAACACUUAUUAUUCAUGAGAGAAUUCACACUGGAGAGAAACCAUGUAAAUGCAAGGUAUGUGGGAAAGCCUUCAGACAAAGUUCAGCCCUCAUUCAACACCAGAGAAUGCAUACUGGAGAAAGACCUUAUAAAUGUAAUGAGUGUGGGAAGACAUUCAGGUGUAACUCAUCCCUUAGUAAUCAUCAGAGAAUUCAUACAGGAGAGAAACCAUAUCGAUGUGAAGAAUGUGGGAUAUCGUUCGGCCAGAGUUCAGCUCUUAUUCAACAUCGGAGGAUUCAUACAGGAGAAAAACCCUUUAAAUGUAAUACAUGUGGGAAAACCUUUAGACAAAGCUCAUCACGUAUUGCCCAUCAGAGAAUUCAUACUGGAGAAAAACCUUAUGAAUGUAAUACAUGUGGGAAACUUUUCAACCACAGGUCAUCUCUUACUAAUCAUUAUAAAAUUCAUAUUGAAGAGAAUGCCUAGAAAAUAGAUUUGCAUGUGUAAAAAGCCUUAAACCAAAGCUCAUCAGAAUACAUGAGUGAUGUAAUACAAAAAAAUCUUUCUUUAAUUUAGUCUUCAUCAGAAUUCAAUCCAAGGGUAAGCCUUGACUAUGUAAUAGAUAAUGAAGAAAUCAGAAAGUGUUCAUGACUGUCAGAUGCUUUUUAAAAUAACCUGAAAUGAAUUCACAAGAGACGUUGGUUGUAAAAUGAAUUGUUUUUCUCUACAAUGUACACUAGAUAUCAUGUGUGAUUGUCAUAAACAUCUGAGUGAGGGGGUGUGCAGUGGAUUUCUCAUUUAAAAAACUAUAUAAACUGGUAACACUUUUUUAUAACAUUUAAUAGCAUAUAAAAUAUGUGAUCAAAUAAGUUCUACAUUUUUAGAGAAAAGGGCCAAAUAAAAGAUAAAAGUGAACUGUAAACUACCUCUUAGUUUCUGGGGUUUGUCCUUUUCCUGACCCAGUGUCAAACUUUGUGAAUGGAUUUCAUUUAAAAAUAGAAAUAAACAUCUGUUCUCUUC